AUGUCUCCUCCCACCCGACGAGGCUUCUCUAACCGUGCAUCCUCGAGCAGGUCACGCGGCCCCGCACCCAAGAUUGUCGUGAAGAAGGAGCCCUCGUCGCCCGACAUGCCCAACUCGCGCCACCGCCCCAGCCGCCUCAAUCUCGCCAGCUCGCACGUUGUCCACGCCUCGGGCGCCCUCACCGCACGCCCCGCCGGUCUGUCGACGGGCGUCGACAUUGGCAUCGCCUGCCUGUCCCCGGGCUUCCACACCAACGACCCCUCGAUGCGUGAGCAGUUGCAAAGAAGCAUGGAUGUAAGAGAAAGGCAGAGGCAGAUUAUAGAAGCGCGCCAGAAGGGCGGUGCCAAGGGUGGACCCCCCGAUGAUGACUCCCGCCAGCAGGACAUGAGCCCGUUUGGACGACCGUUGAAGACGCCCAAGCGGAAGGGUCCCCCACCGGGCCUUACCAUUGCCCCUCCUUCGCACUCCCAGUUUGCAAACGAGCGGGUCAUCCAGUCUGCACCCAUCAACCAGUCAUUCACUGGACUCCGCAACAACAUGCCGCCAUCCCGUCAGCUUGCCAACGGCCCCUCGAACCUCUCGCAAACCUCGCACAUCCACCACGUCCCAGCACAGCAGACCAGCAACAGACUGCCACCCAUUGCAGACGUUUUCCCGGAGCCGCUUGGAACGGGCCGUGGCAUGUACACAAAUAGCCCCGGAACCUCGUCCCACUCAAACCAGCAGCCCCCUCUUCCAUCCCCAGGAUUCCCGCCGCCACACCACCAGCAGCCGCCACUGACCUCCCGCCCGCGAGAGUACAAGUCCGCUGAGGAAGCUGUACAGACCCUUUCUGGCGGUCGUGAGGACCUGUUGCCUCGCAUUGUUCAUUACGGUGGCCACCAGCCCCCAACGCCACCCUCGCCCAUGCCCGGCAAGAACUCUUCCCAGGCCUACCCACCAAACGCCGAUCUGCACCGCAGCGGCAGCGGCAGGAGACGAGGCCGAGACGAGUAUGAGCGUGACAUGGGAACUCCCCCCCUGGGCCGACAACAUGCACGCCCUGGGCCUUUUGGUGAACCCCGCGACUCCCCGGAGACUCAGCACAGGAAGAAGGAAGAAUUCAUCUCGCUCUGCGCGAGGGCUUGGGACCUGUUCCAUUCUUGA